UCUCACACACGCCACUCAGACUUCAAGCACAGAAAAUACCCGGCACGGCCAGGCAGCCUUUACCCUUCUCCUUUCAACACCACGACCCUCUCAAAUUUCCCGGGAGCCCGCCCCUGGGCUCCUCCCUCCCGCCUAUGAUGUGUGUCAACGGAAGUGACCUCACCCCGGGUUGGCGUGGCACGGGGGCGUUUCCGGCGACGGUGGCGGCGACUUCUUCUGUGUCCCUGGAGCGACUUCACGUCUGAAACAUGGCUAUGGAUUGGCUGGGCAGUAUUGUGUCCAUCAACUGUGGAGACAGCCUGGGAGUCUAUCAGGGCAGAGUGUCAGCAGUGGAUCAGGUCAGCCAGACCAUCUCCCUUACUCGGCCCUUCCACAAUGGAGUGAAGUGUCUUGUGCCAGAAGUCACCUUUCGGGCAGGUGAUAUUACAGAAUUAAAAAUUCUGGAGAUACCAGGUCCUGGAGACAACCAGCAGUUUGGAGACCUUCAUCAGACAGAAUUAGGCCCUUCUGGUAUUGGGUACCAAAUGGGUAUCAGUCAGAAUGGUACAGGCAAGGUGGUCAAGAAACCAGCUUCUUCCAGUAGUGCCCCUCAGAACAUCCCUAAGAGGACAGAUGUGAAGAGCCAGGAUGUUGCCGUUUCUCCUCAGCAGCAGCAAUGCUCAAAGAGUUACGUGGACAGGCACAUGGAAUCCUUGAGUCAGUCCAAAAGCUUCCGUCGACGGCAUAACUCUUGGUCAUCUAGUAGCAGGCAUCCAAACCAGGCAACGCCAAAGAAAAGUGGUUUAAAAAAUGGCCAAAUGAAGAAUAAAGAUGAUGAGUGCUUUGGAGAUGAUAUUGAGGAGAUCCCAGACACAGAUUUUGACUUUGAGGGGAACCUGGCUCUUUUUGACAAAGCAGCUGUGUUUGAGGAGAUUGACACCUAUGAGAGGAGAAGUGGUACCCGUUCCCGGGGUGUCCCAAAUGAGCGUCCUGCUAGGUACCGCCAUGAUGAAAACAUCCUGGAAUCGGAGCCUAUUGUCUACCGAAGGAUCACGGUACCACACAGUGUGAGCAAGGAGUUUUGCACAGACUCUGGCCUGGUGGUCCCAAGUAUUUCCUAUGAGCUACAUAAAAAGCUUUUAUCUGUGGCUGAGAAGCACGGUCUGACCUUAGAGCGGAGGCUUGAGAUGACUGGUGUGUGUGCCAGUCAGAUGGCACUGACUCUUCUUGGAGGACCCAACAGGUUGAAUCCUAAGAAUGUCCACCAGAGGCCUACAGUAGCCCUGCUGUGCGGGCCCCAUGUGAAGGGGGCUCAGGGUAUCAGUUGUGGGAGGCACCUAGCCAACCAUGAUGUACAAGUCAUCCUCUUCCUUCCUAACUUUGUCAAGAUGCUGGAGUCUAUCACCAAUGAACUGUCUCUCUUCAGCAAGACCCAAGGUCAGCAAGUGUCUAGCCUAAGAGAUCUUCCUACUAGCCCUGUGGACCUGGUUAUCAACUGCUUGGAUUGCCCUGAGAAUGCCUUCCUGCGGGAUCAGCCCUGGUACAAGGCAGCUGUGGCCUGGGCCAACCAGAACCGGGCACCAGUGCUCAGCAUAGACCCUCCUGUGCAUGAAGUUGAACAGGGCAUUGAUGCCAAAUGGUCCCUGGCACUGGGCCUGCCUCUGCCCCUGGGGGAGCAUGCAGGCCGAGUCUAUUUGUGUGACAUUGGCAUUCCCCAGCAGGUCUUCCAGGAGGUUGGCAUCAACUACCACUCACCCUUCGGCUGCAAGUUUGUCAUACCCCUACAUUCUGCCUAGAAGGGUUCUGGGCAGUUGGACCCUGUAUUCCCCUGCAUUCCUGCCACCAAACCCAACAACGGACGCCUUAAGGAUGUGAAGCUUUGUGGACCUUGUAGAGUAUCUGUUCAGUUUGUUUCUUCUGUGAGAGAGCAGAACUUGCCUGCCACCUUCCCUUCACCAGGGAAGGCUUUCCCACUGGCAUGCAUGUCAGGAAUAGACCAGUGGCUCCAGGCAUCUUUCUAUCCUACCUGCCUCCAUUCAAGUGGGGCUUUGUUUACAGACAUAGGCAGCUCUAAGACUGUUUCAGGUUUACAGCCACUGGGCAUGGGCUGGCACCUUGUGGGGUGGGCCAAGGCCUUUUGGGGCUUCCACCUACUCCAUUUCAGAAGGCUUUAUGUCUCUCCCAUGCUCUCUCUGGCCCUGCAGCCAGCUAGCCCCCUCUUCCUCUAAUCAUGUAGAUCAGGCUGCAUGGCAGCUGUCCAGAAGACAGACCUGUGUUCUCCUUAGAUCCUGAGAGCUGUGUCUCUGCUUUCCCCCAGGGCCACCCAAGUUUGGAAACUUUGGACUCUCCUGAGAUGAUCCAACUUUGUGUUGGGACUUUUCCUGAGGAGUACAUGGGAUGGUGCCUAUGGUGAGAUUUUAGACUGGCUGCUUUGCUGUCACCUUUAGCAGUUUCGUGCCUGUCAAGCUACAGUGCCCACUUCCCAACAGUGCCCACUUCCUGGUUGGGAUUCAGACUUUCAGGAUGCAGCUUUUCAGUAUUAGGGAAACCCUAGAAGAGCUUGGUGCUGAGCCAGAGGAAGCUCCCUGGUGCUUCUGCCCUAGGCCAUCACUUCCUACCUCCUUGCCCAUAAAUACUCCUCGUCUGCCCCUUCUGUCUCUGGAAAUGAUCCUCUACAGCGGUCCCAGGUCAUGUCCUCCCUCCUGCUAUGACUUCACCCCAGUUCUUAAAUCUGGGUUUUAAUCCUUUAUAGUUGCCCUUCCCAGGUAUGCAGACUCGGGACAAGUGGCCUGUCUCUAACACCAAAAAUGAGCUCAGUUCUGGAUGACCUUACUGGGGAAGCCAUGGAAACAUCGCACUGCUCAGAUCCUAGGGCAUUCAUUAUUCUCAGGAUCUUACUGGGCUUGGGUCCUACAGGUUAGUGAGAUAGGACCAUGCCUGGAGCCUUAGCAGAAACCUUUGCAAAGGACUUGUAUUUUGAGGCUUCUUCCUGCUGUGUCCAUCCCUGGUUGCAGGGUAUUGGUGGACAGGCAGAUGGGCUCACUAAGAUGUUUGGGUAGAAGGUAAACCCUGGUACCAUGGAUUUCAGGCUUCUUUACUUACCGGAGCAUGGCCAGGAACAGAUGGUGAUAGCCUUUCCUUUAUUUCAUCUUUUCUCUAAAAUAAUCCCCAGCUAUAGAAAAGAGGCAAGAGGAAUGGGAGCAUCACCUGCAUGUCAGGACUUUGUUGCUUUCAAGCUAGGCCUCUUUUCUAAAGGCAGGGUUACAAUUUGGGCAGCAGGCAGCCACUACAAGUUACUAGACACUUACAAAAUAAGGUAGGACUCUGAUCCUGAAGGUGAUUACUAGCAUUAAGUUCUGGUGACCCUGAAGUGGUCAGACUUAAGACUCACCCUCUUCUCCUUGCCCUUUGCCUGGACCUCUCUAGAGUUAUUGAAAGUGUUCUACUCCUACCUGCAGCUCUUUUUGGAAGUUCCUGCCGAGUUGCUGUUUUCAGUCAAGUGGUCAAAUCUGUCACUAAUGCAUGCAGCUCCUGGGGAACCCAAAGCCAGCACUAAAAUAAAGUGACAGAGCUCUUUGCUAUCUGAA